ACAGCCAGCUCCUCAUUAGAAAGACACUUUUAACUAAUUAGCUAAAUAAGAUAUAAAAAAUAUAAAAUAUAUAAAGCAUAAAAAAGUAUGCAAUAUUGGUAAUAUCCUAUAUGAGAGUUAAGCAGAGAGGUAGAGCUGCUAAACAAAAUGAUCAGAGAUCUGGACCAAUUUACUCAGUUUAUUAUCCUCAGUCCUGUGUAUGUGGAAAAAAAUCUCUCUAUGUCUUUAACAAAUCCGCACUCAUCUCUGCACUCAUCUGUGAAUCCCUGAGUGCUCAACAGCAGUAGUUCAGAUGUUCAGCAGUGUUGACACUUUAGGAGCAACAUAGUCGACCCUGCCUGAGGUAAUCUGAGAAAGAGCAUCAUAGCGCUGUGAAAAGCACAGUGUUUCAUCAAGAAGAUUUUGCAGAGUCCAUGAGGCCUGGGGUUUGGCAAGCAUAGCGCUGCACUGGCUCCAACAUCAGUGCAAGACCUCGAUCAGAUGUAACAGCAGAGAGCUUUCAAGUUGAGGACAAGUGCUCCUGAAGGAGAUAGAGAGUGAUUGGAGAAGAACAGACGAGAAAGAGAAAGAUGGCACACUCUUCGAUUACCUAUGAUUUCUUUUUACUGGCCCAUGUGACAGUGUAGGUAACAGACAUGAGGCAAGAGACAAACGGGCAAGAGGGGAGAGGGGCAAACCCAUCAUAAUUAGCCUGAGCUGCUUGGUUACCUUCCAAACAAAGCGGUGGAUCCAUUGCGCAGCUGGGGAGGCGGAGAGAGGAGAAGCACGAGAGAGAGGGGGAGAGCGAGCGAGAGAGAAAGAGAGAGUGAGAGACAGAGAUGAAGAGAAUGAUUGCACUGUUCCACACACACUUGAAGCCCAGUCUCCCUAGGAGACACAGGAUAACAGAAUGACAAUGCAGCUGUGACGCUGGGAGCAUCGUGGCAGGCUAUGGUUAUAUGUAGAGACAGAGAGAGAGUUGGGGAAAGGCAGGUGGAAGUCAGUUGACAGUUGGAGGAGGAGGAGUGAGAACAUACAAUAAGGAAAAUGAAAAAAUAGUGAAGAAAGAGUGAGUUAAAGCAGAGAUGUACGUAGGGGUGAAGAGGAUCUGUCAGAAGAGUUGAGCCGUGUAGCUCUCUCUCUCACACAGAUACACACACACGCAUACACACACACACACACACACCUCCACAUACACAUCAGGUACACUUCCGAAACAGGGACGCACAGGAGGAUGAAGAAACAUUCCGCUAGAGUGGCUCCUCUCAGCUCUUACAGCACACAGGUCCUCACCUGCCCCAUCUCUGAAGGAGAUGAAGGUUCGGACUCCCACAUCGAGACUCCAGCCAGUGAAACGAGUGGCGAAGUCACCUCCUAUCAGACCUGUGUCAACGUAGCUCUGAAGGUCAUAGGCGGCCUGCUGGUGGUCCUGUGUGUGUCCUCGUCCUGGGUGGGCACCACUCAGGUGGUCCAAUGGACCUUUAAGUCCUUCUCUUGCCCUUUCUUCAUCUCCUGGUUUAGUACCAAUUGGAACAUCCUCUUCUUUCCUCUCUACUACUCUGGCCAUGUAGCCAUCACAAGGGAAAAGCAGACACCCAUUCAGAAGUUCAGGGAGUGCAGUCGAUUGUUUGGAGAAGAAGGAAUGACGCUGAGGCUGUUUCUAAAGAGAACGGCACCUUUCUCCAUCUUAUGGACGCUGACUAACUAUCUGUAUGUGCUGGCGUUGAGGAAACUUACAGCCACAGAUGUUUCAGCACUCUACUGCUGCCACAAGGCUUUUGUCUUCCUCCUGUCCUGGAUUGUCCUCAAAGAUCGCUUCAUGGGUGUGCGGAUUGUAGCUGCCAUUAUGGCCAUCACAGGUAUUGUCAUGAUGGCCUAUGCUGAUGGCUUCCAUGGAGACUCAAUCAUAGGUGUGGCUUUAGCCGUAGGCUCGGCCUCCACCUCAGCACUCUACAAGGUUCUGUUUAAGAUGUUCCUGGGCAGUGCCAACCUGGGAGAGGUCGCCCACUUCUUCUCCACCAUGGGCUUCUUCAACCUGAUCUUUAUCUCCUGUGUGCCCCUCAUCCUCUACUUCACCAGGGUAGAGCACUGGGGCUCGCUCUCCUCUUUGCCAUGGGGCUACCUGUGUGGAGUGGCUGGCCUGUGGCUAGUAUUCAACAUUCUGGUAAAUGUAGGUGUGGUUCUCACCUACCCCAUCCUCAUAUCGAUCGGGACUUUACUCAGCGUUCCAGGGAAUGCAGCUAUUGACGUGCUGAAGCAUGAGGUGAUCUUCAGCGUGGUGCGUCUGGCCGCAACCUGCAUCAUCUGCGUUGGCUUCCUGUUGCUGCUGCUGCCUGAGGAGUGGGACACGGUCACGCUGCGCUUCCUUGCCACACUCGCUGACAAGAAAUCAGAGGAGCACGGAGAGGAGCUCACAGAGUCCAGCGUCAACAUGCGCAGCCGCAGCAGAGCUAACGGUGCCGUCUCAAUCCCCUUGGCAUGACCUAUGACCUCUAGACCUUGGCCCUAGAGCUAAAGCGUGCUAGAGAUCCACCAUGAGGCAGUGCCUGAGUCAUGGGUAUUUUGGGUGGAUGAGUGGAGUUUCUUGAAGAAACAAAGUGGAGAUAAAGGAGAACUGGGAUCAUAACAUGCUGUGACAACAGCCGCAAUAUCAACUGUGUGGAAAGUGAGCGGAGAUGAAAAUCAGAGGAUCAUAGCAUCACUUCUCUCCUUUACGUGAGACGACAGAGGAGCAUUUUACAGACUGUACUGAGGAGGAAAAUCUCCCUUUAUAAAAGAAAGAUUUAUUUACAGUAUUUGUUUUUCUUGCUGGGAUUAGUUCUCAUUAACAGGAGUAUGUUUUCUUUAGGGAGAUGAACUCUCUUGAUUAAUGGAGUAAAUAGCCUUUUCUCUUUGCACGCCUUCAUCCCAGCUAUGCCUGCUGAACCCUCUCAUGGACUGUAUUCUGUGAAUAUAGACUCAAUCAGGGCCAAUUUGGCUCACUGUAUUAAAAUGCAUGCAUCUGAGAGAGAAGCUUAUAUAAUACAAAUGUUAUUUACACUGUAUCUGAUGGUAUUAUACUGUAUAUAAGAAGGAGAAAUAUAUUAUCCUAUAUAUGAACAAGGCUCUCGUUUCUUCUUACACUGAAAUUAAAAAUGAAAACCUGUCUCAAAA